UCACACCUUACAUGCUGAUUGAACUUCUAAUUUCUUGAUUAAAUACGAUCGAUCGCAUUCACACUUUCUUAAUCGACGUACCGGUACCUAUAACAGUGCUUAAUCUACGCUACAAUGUUACACACCUCUCGAAACAGAAAAUUUUUAUCGUGACCAAUUUAUUUGAAAGUGUGGUACCUACCUUUAACAUGAGUUUCAAAACAGCGGUGACUUUUCAGAGCUUCUCGUUGCUCGUCAUAAUCUCAGUUGGUGUUACCGGUGGACUCGUGAGCGACGACGACUACCAAAUUAGGCGAGCAAAUCUAUUGAAAAAUGAAGAGAAGAGAAUGUUGGGUGGUGAUAUCGUACUCGAGGGUUUGGAAAAAACUGCCAACGAUGUCCUGAUGAGGGCCAAGUAUCGCGAAAUUGACCAUGGUUUCAAUAAUUCUGCUACCUUCCUACCAUCGCAAAGUUUCCUUUUGAUCAAGGAAGCAAUCCGCCAGUCACCAGUUUUCAAAAUACUCCGGUCGAUGCCAAAGGGUUCGGUCUUGCACGUUCAUGAGCUCGCCCUGGUUUCCGCUGAGUACAUGCUUUUCAACAUCACGUAUCGACCAAACCUAUACGCGCGUGAAAUUGAAGACAAGUUGAUAUUGCGGUUUUUUGACAAACCACCGAGCUCUGAGUAUACGCUUCUUAGUGAGCUAAGGAUGAGGAACAGAUCAGAAAUUGAUUCGAAGAUAAGGAAACAGCUUUUAUUGGGGACAAAUUCGACCGAGUUUUUUGCUGAGAAUGACGUGGACGCGAUUUGGCGAAAGUUCGUGUCAAUUUUCGCUUUUGUUUAUCCCAUUCUAGCUUACAGGCCAGUCUACGAAGACUUCAUUUAUCAAGGGCUCUUGGAGGCCUACAAUGAUAACAUAUUGUACCUAGAAUUCCGCUCUAGUUUACCCAUGUUGUACGAUUUCAACGAGAAUACGUAUGGAAGUGUGGAAGUGGCAAAAAUUUGUAAAAACGUUACUGAAAGAUUCAUGCGAGAUCAUCCAGAUUUCGUGGGUAUAAAACUGAUAUAUUCGAGAUCACGCACGUGCAACGAUAGUCAAUUCGAAAAAUACCUGCAAACAGCUCGUGAUUUGAAAAAAUAUCUACCAGAUUUCAUAGCCGGUUUCGAUCUAGUUGGUCAAGAGGACAAAGGCAGACCUCUAAUUCACUUCGCGGAGAAGUUGAGAUCCCUUAUUGGUGAAGACAUCCAAUUAUUCUUCCACGCUGGAGAGACCAAUUGGUAUGGCACCAGCAUCGACGAGAACCUCAUUGAUGCCGUUCUCCUCAACACAAAGAGGAUAGGUCAUGGAUUCGCUUUGCUGAAACAUCCAGAAGUAAUGGAUCGGGUACGUGAGAAGAAAAUCGCGAUCGAAGUGUCACCUAUCUCAAACCAAGUCUUAGGUCACGUCAAGGAUCUCCGCAACCAUCCUGCGAACUAUCUGUUUGCCAACAAUUACCCCGUUGUCGUAUCGAAUGAUGAUCCCGGAUUUUGGGGAGCAGAAGGCCUUAGUUAUGAUUUCUACGAGGCUUUUGUUGGAAUUAUGUCGCGCAAGGCUGAUUUGAGAGCGCUCAAGAAACUAUCACUUAACUCGAUCGAGUACUCGAGCAUGAACGAGACGCAGCGAACGAAGGCCUUGGAGGUGUGGAAUCGAAAAUGGAAACACUUUGUGGCUGAAUUGAGCAAAUCUUCCUCGUCUUUAGAACCCACGGUUCAUUAAGCUCGCGUAUAAAUUAGGUAUAUAAAUUCUCCGGAAAAUCGUAACCUGCAUAUUGCACAUGCCCAGUAUUGAAUCUUGUAUUUUUUUUUUUCAAAAAAAAAAAGUAAGUUUAAGUAAAAAAAAAGCUCGAAACGGUAGCCUAACUAAAAAAGUUACAAACCAAGCAGUGUUGAAAGAACGCGAAAAAAAUUUCCGCGUUCUUGUUCUUUGAUCUUGUUCUUGAUGUAUCAGGAGCGUUCUUGAUCUUGUUUUUGUUCUUUGUUAUCAAAUUAUGUUCUUGUUUUUGUUCUUGUUCUUUCAAAUUUUUGCCACACAGUUUCGUUCUUGUUCUUGUUCUUUACCAGCAAGAACGCCUGUUCUUGGUUGUUUUUAUUUUUGUUCUUGUUGAGUUCUUUCCUUGCGUUCUUGCGUUCUUUCACUAGCGUUUUUCACUAGCGUUCUUGCUAGUUUCAAAUCUGCUGACAAUUUUAUCAAUAUUUUGCAAAAAUUACACCCUUUUUUUACGAUUUUUUCACAAGUUACAAAAUUUUUUGCAUAAAUUUCCAUAGAAAUUCGUAGCUAUGACAAUGGUGUAAGAAAAAAAUGAAAGAACAUUUAAGAACAAGAACGAAGAACAAAGAACAUGGGAUGUUUUCCCGUUCUUGUUCCCGUUCUUGUUCUUGAGGAGAUUUUGAUUCUGUUCUUGCUCUUGUUCUUGUUCUUUCAAAAUAUUGGUUUUGCGGUUUUGUUCUUGAAAAAAUUUGAAUUCUGUUUUCGUUCUUGUUCUUGUUCUUCAAAAAAUGUUCCGUUCUUUUAAAUUUUGUUCCGUUCUUGUGCUGUUCUUUCAACACUGAAACCAAGUCCAAAAAAUAUAAGGAAUUGCAAAAACAAAAAACCGAACAUUGAAAUAAGAAGUUGAACUACGUAACUUUUUGAUAGAGUAACCAAGCAAGAGUUUUUGUAAUUUUUGGCAAAAAGGGAGACUUGACCACUUUAGCGAAAAGUGGGAAUCUGAAAAUUAUUGGCAAAAAGAAGAAAUUACUUUUUGACAUUUUCUGGAAAAAAAUACUUAAAGGCUCUCAAGGAAGGUAAUUUUGAAGAAAAAAAAAGUGACAAUCUUUAGUAGAUAGGUACCUGGUACCUAGGUAAUUUUGCUUAAAAAAUGAGAAAUGCUAAUUGUUGAAAAAAAACAACAAACAAAUCAAAACUGAUCAAUGGGAAAAAAUAGAAAUAGAAAACCUUAGCAUAAUUAGACACAUAAUUUUGAGCUUCUUUCUUGACAUUUUACACAGCACUUUCAUCUCCAAAUCUUAUCUUUCUUCGAAUGUGAUUCUUUUUGUGAAGAGGGUUUUCAUUUUCUUCGCUAUGUAAGACUAACGUUCUUUUUUAGCUGAGCUCGUUAAUCCUCGUCGAAGAGUAAAUCUAGCUUUAGCAUUAUCUUUUAUCUUUAAUUUUAAAUGAACAUUCGCAACAAUUUGGGUCAUGACUUUUGAGAGUUUUGAUGAAAUGUUAUGCGACCUAUCAAAUUUUAGAUUUCGAUGAAAAUGUUUUCAAAGCAAUUUUUAAAUCCCCAAAUUCGGUCAUGAUUUUUGGAAUUUUUAAAAAUUUGUGCGGAUCAUCUAAAUUGAUUGAAACUUUUGCUUGCAUGAAAAUCAAACUUUAAGCAUUUUUGAAAAUUAAAAUUGCAGCUUAAAAUUUUGUUGAUUUCUUGAAAAUUGUCAUGAAAAUGACCUAAAUUAGUUUUCCAAGAAAAAUACCUACGUUUGAAGUUUUGGAGUUGAUUUUUUUCGAUAAUGAAAUUUUUCUGUCAUCGACAUUUUUUGGUUUAGGAGUGGAAGGUAGAGGGAGGUAUGAUGCAAUUGGAAAGCUGAAGGCUGCACUGGAUUUCAAAACGUCUAAAUAGUUCAAGAAGCGCGACCUCACCUCUCCUCGUUGCUCUGAAAUUGUUUGGGCCGUUCCAAUCCAAGUUAAAAACUGAAAUUUAAAUUUAAAAUCAUGGCAAUUUUUUGUUUUAAAUUUAUACGGCUCUAAAUGUAGGUAUUGGAACAAGAUAAAGGAAUGGUUGAGGGAGGAUCGUCGCGAUUUUUCAACUUUUGGGACUUCUUUACAUAAGUAUAUCGUCAAAAAGGCAAAAAUUAUUUUUUUGGCCACUAACCCUCAAAUUUUAUUUCACGACAUCGAUAUGAAUUUUCAAUUUCCUGCUGAAAUGUCAAAUCAUUUUGAGCUCAAGAUUCAUCUAAAAUGCCGAAUGACAUUUUUGUCGGGUUGGGGAGCGGACUCAAAAAAAAAGUUGGUUUGAAAAAAAGAUUACCAAUCUGUGUAAGUAAGUAGAUAGGUAGGGACAUAAGAGUGUUCUCAAAUUAUUUGAAUAAUAUGGUACUUACAUUAUACCAUGUAUUAUAAUCUAACAUUUCCUCUAUUGAUAAGUAUCAAGUUUUCACUCGACUUCAUCUAUUAAUUUUAUUAUCUUCAUUCGAUUUCACAUUAUAAAAUCUGUCUCGCACGUAUUGUGUCGUUUUGAUUUAGUUUUUCUUCACCUCGUCUGUGUUUUAACAAGAAAGUAAAUUUAUUUGUAAGUGCGUAUAUUUAACCUAAAUCCAAUAUGAUACGACUUCUUCUGGCUGUUCUCCUUCUAUCGAUUUCAAGUUCAGAAACUUCGCAUUCGCGCGAAUUUCGUAUUCGUAUUUUUCAUCCUAAAAAUAAUUCGCUGAUGCACUUCUACGUUAAACAAAAGUGUUCCUUUCUUUGUACUGAUGAAAAUGAGGUUGAGUGGGAAGCAGAUACCACUGACCAAGCUGUGAAUUUAAUACACGAGGUGAAGCCAAAUGAGAAGAUUCUUACAAUAGAAAAUGCCACAGGAUAUGACACAGGAGUAUACAGAUGUGUAUCUAAAAAAAAUCCAAAUUUGUUCAAAAAGCUCAUAGUUCAUAUUAUCGGUGACCGACCAGGUAUUAAAAUUUCCGGCUCUCCGGUGAUUAUGUAUAAAGGCCACAUAUCCCUAAAAAGGGAUUUCGAGGACCCGGUGAAAACGCAUAAGCACCACAUACCUGACUAAAAAGGUUUACGUUUAUGCAAUAAAAUAUUGAAACUGGUUUCUGAGAUUUUCUCAAAUACUCGUACUUGCGUAGGUACGUACCUUAUUCAUAAAAUUAUGAUAUAAAAUAAAAUCGUCUCGUUCAAAUACUUUUUACAACA